ACAGAUUCGCCUACCUCAUCUCUCGCCAUGGCAACGGUGGCAUCGAGGCUCCUGCGGGCCGCCCGCAACGCAUCCCUCGCAUCUCGCACCGCUGCUGCUGCCGCAUCUCGCGCCUCCCGGUCAGCGCGUGCGCCCGCCGCCGCCGCCGCUCGCGCCGCCCGCUUAGCCUCGGCCUCAGACACCGUAGCUCUCCGCGACAGCUGCCCAACUCGCGGCGAUGCCUCCGGCACGAAGCCCCGUGGCCGUGACGCUCCCCGCUUCUGCCUCGUCGAAUACCUUUCCAGCGCCGAGUACAAGCGCUUGCCAGAUGAUGUCAAGUACCCGACGGAGCCCUAUGGGCCAUGUAUGAGUGCUGGUGCAAGGCUCAUAACGAGGAACGCGACCGUGCCGACAUGGCUCGCCGGUUCAAAAUAUUCAGAUGCAAUGCAGAGGAUGCGCACCACUGGAACAGCCAUCUUCCUCCAGACCCAGAGGAAGCGGCCGUUCUCCUUCGGAAAAGAGAAGAGGUCAAAUUACUUCUUUCAAAAGGCGAGGACGUCUCGCACUUCGAUGAGUGGCAUCUGCCGACGGAAUUAGGUCCGUUUGCCGAUGGCGG